GCUGCCUAAAAAGUUAAGAGACAAAGAUCACCCGCGCUGCGCUGCACCGCCCCGAGGACGAUGGCCGCGUCUCCUGCACUGCUCCUCCUGCUCAGCCUCACGCUCUGCUGCACCGGCACCCAGGGACAGAGGAACAGGAUGGUCGCCAGGUUCCUCGACAGGAAUAUGAAGCACCCCAAGGAGGGACAGCGCCUGGAGCUGGAGUGCCUGCAUUACGAGAGGAACAGACCCAUCUUCUGGAUCUGCCUGGACAAGGCUGGGAACCUUCACUUCGUCAUCUCCAGUACCCAUUCUUAUUCCACCAACUUGCAGGAGGGUGAGAAAACACCAACAAACUUUGAAGCAUUAUGGAGAGGAAAUUCCUAUCGGCUGGUGGUGAAGAACUUCACGGCACAGGACCAGGGGACCUAUUACUGUGUCAACUACAUCAACCAGGUGCUGCACUUCAGCUCUGGACAACCCGCCUUCUUCCCAGUCACUACAACAACAGCAACAACCACCACACCCGCUGCCACCACCCACAGCAGCCAGCUCACCAGCAAGGACAUCUCCCGGCACAGCCCGCAUCCAGAAACAAGCAAGAAGAAGACACUGAGCUACUGCUGUGAUACAGUCAUGCGGAUUAACCUGGCAUGCGCCUGCCUCCUGCUCCUCACUGCCAUAACCAUCACCAUCGUGCUCUGCCAAAGGACCAAGCUCAGCGUAAGCAAGCAGUGCUGCGUG